GCUAACUAGGUAGCUCGGUUGUUGUUGCUUCAACAACAAUUGCUGAAUUAUCUAUUAUUUUCUGGCUGUGUGGAGGUUGACACAUCGGUGACUAGCUGUCUAGUGGUAACCAGAGUUGGGACCUGGCUGAAACGAAGUCAGGCAGCCUCAAACUAAAACUACACGGACGUUUAUUUGCUUGUUAAAUUUGCAGCCUCGCCCAUCAGCUAACGCUAAUGUUAGCCUUAUGAGACAAGCCUUCGGUCUGCUAACUAUCUGUUAAGAGCAGUUUGGUAGCUCGGCCUAGCACUGUUACCAGUUGACUAAAGUAAUGCAGCAGAGGUAUGUUGCUGUGUAAUGUAUCUACGAGUUCUCAAAUUUAAUUUAAUUUUUAUUACGAGUUUAAUGAGGACAACAGCAAUGCUAGUAGCGUUAGUCGAGUUAGGUUAUCUCACUUCCGCUUUCGUCUUAAUGGGUUUUAUUUUAUGUCUUUUCACAGCUAGCAAAAAAUACAACAUGUCUCCCGUUUAUUGGAUGCACAGCAGAUUGUUAUAUGGAUGAAAACGUCUCCGUGUCAAGACAUUUGUAAACCGCGACCCUCUGUCUGGUAAUGCCCGGUGCUGUGGAAACAGAAACACAACAGAUUAUUAACACCGGUUCUCUAAACAUCACUGCACUUUCUACAAAGGACUAAAGAAGCUGCAUCCUGCCAGUGAAAUAGAUUACUAAACUCUUUAGGGAGUAAAUCAAUCAUCAUCAUGAUGGCAGGUUCCCAGUGGGAGCUUCCUCCCGAGCUAUGUUGUCGGCCCAUGGCAUUUGUAGCUCUAACCGGUCUGGAUGUGGUGUACAAUGCUGUGCACCGAGCCAUCUGGGACGCCUUUUGUGCCAACCGUCGAGCUGACAGAGUCCCCAUCUCUUUCAAAGUGCUCCCUGGAGACCAUGAGUACCCGAAGUGUCGCACUAAGCGAACAUCCUAUGAGUGGUACAUCCCCAAAGGCAUUCUGAAAACAGGCUGGAUGAAUAAACAUCUGAAUCUGGUACCUGCUCUGGUGGUUCUCUUUUAUGAACUGGACUGGGACGACCCACAGUGGAAGGAGAAACAGUCUGAAUGUGCCACUAAAGUGGAGAUUGUCAGGACCAGUCUUCAAGGCAGGAACACCAAGGUGGCUGUGGUUCUAAUCCAGAAGAAAACUCCUCUGCCUCCAGGAGAGGACCUGGUUGCCUCAGAAAGAGCAGCAGCUCUUUGUAAUGCCUGUGAUCUGUCUGGCAAGAGUCUGUUCGUACUGCCGCACACCGACCACCUGGUGGGCUAUAUUAUAAGGUUGGAGAAUGCCUUCUAUGAACAUGCUCAGACAUACUACUACACUGAGAUCCGUCGUGUCAAAUCGCACAAGGAGUUCCUCAACAAGACAACACAUCAGCUGCUGUUUGUCAGACACCAGUUUAAAAUCGCUUUCUUCAGUGAGCUGAAACAGGACACACAGAACGCUCUCAAGUAUUACAGAACUGCAUACAGUCUUGUCCAUGAGCUUAGAGCCCACGAGACCAACAUGCUGGAGAUCAAAACUAUGGCUGGGUUCAUCAACUAUAAGAUCUGUCGUCUGUGUUUCCAGCACAACACUCCUCUGGAUGCUAUAGCUCAGUUCAGGAAGCACAUUGACCUGUGUAAAAAGAAGAUAGGCAGUGCUGAGCUGGCCUUCGAGCAUGCUGCAUGGAUGUCUAAACAGUUUCAGUCGUUUGGUGAGCUGUUUGAUGAAGCCAUAAAACUGGGUCUGACAGCCAUCCAGACCCAGAACCCUGGUUUCUACUACCAGCAGGCUGCCUGUUACAGCCAGGAGAGGAAGCAGCUGGCUCAGCAGCUUUGCCAGGCUGGAGCGAGUUGUCCCUCCCCUGACCCACUGGACAUCCAGAGUGGGGGACUGGACUUCUAUGGGCAGAGACCGUGGAGACAAGGACAUCAGAGUAUUGAUCCUCCAGAUGCAGAGAAGGAGAAGACCGGGAUUCUGGCCCUGCAGCUUAAAGAGAGAGAUGUCCCUCAUUCUGAGCUGAUAAUAGCACUGCUCAGUAAUGCUGUUGCCCAGUUUAAGAAGUACAAGUGUCCCAGGAUGAAGAGUCACCUCAUGGUGCAGAUGGGAGAGGAGUAUUACCACGCUAAAGACUACACCAAAGCCCUCAAGCUGUUGGACUAUGUGAUGUGUGACUAUCGUACAGAGCGAUGGUGGGGACUCCUGACGGCCAUAUUGACCACAGCUCUGCGCUGUGCUUAUCUGAUGGCCAGUGUUAAAGACUACAUCAUAUAUUGCAUGGAGCUCCUGGGCAGAGCUUCAACACUGAAGGAGGAGCAGAAGGGGAGGAUUGAGAAGAAUCUCAUCAAAGUCCUGAUGAACGAGGUUCCUGACCCUGAGCCAGACUGUGAUCCGUCUUCUGUCAGUGCAGCGAGGUCGCUGUGGAACGACCGCAUGUCUUUAGCCGGAUCAAAUGAGUUCACCAUAGAAGUGCAGGACUACAUACCGUUUAUCCAGUGCAAGGCUAAGUUCUGCUCUCCCAGUUUCCACGUAGACCAGCCCAUCCAGCUGCAGGUCUUCCUCCGAGCAGACUGUCCUCACCCUCUGUCACUCAGCAAGCUGGCCGUCAGUCUCAGUAACCAGGAGUACAACCAGUGGUGUGUGGUGGAGUCGUCAGCUCAGGAGAGCAUGAACUUGUUGCCAGGGACAACCAAAUGCUACAACUUCAGCUUCGUAGCAAAGUCUGAAGAUGUUGGCAAGAAGAUUGAGAUGACGGGUAUUGAGGUGAUGCUGGGCAGGGACAAUGGCCGCUGUGUGUUUCUGAGCUGGAGAGGGGCUGGAGGAGAUGCAGCCUCUGCCCAUGAAGCCUUGCAGGCCAGCAGGUCAUCACGCCGAUGGGGACGAGGCGUGGAGAUGCAGCCAGAGCUGGACUGGGACAGCCUGAUCAUCCAGCACAGCACAAUGAUCAUCUCUAGAGUCCCAAAGAUCUUAGUUGAGCUGAGCCACCAGCCUCCUGCUCUCAACAAUGAGAUGUACUGCAUCAACCUCACCGUCCAAUCACAGGAGGAGGGUGUGGCCAAAGAUGUCAAACUGACAGCUGGCCUCAAACCAGGCCAGGAUGCCAAUCUAGGCCAGACCACACAUGUGACACUGGACGGCUCAAAGGUGUGUGAUGACGCUGCACCUGCUCUGCUGCCUGAUGUACCGCUGGGAGACCUGAAACCAGGCCAGAAGUUGGAGAGAUGUGUGUAUGUGAGGUGUGUGUCAACCGGACUAAGGGUGUUCCUGUUCCACGUGGCCUACAGCAUCGAUACCACAGUGGAAGGACAACAAAUUGUCUGCAAAUGUCAUAAGGAUGAGACUGUUACCAUUGAGACAGUGGUCCCAUUUGAGGUGUCAGUCAAGUUUGUAUCCACCAAGUUUGAGCCACUGGACCGGGUAGCAGUGGACAUUCCUUUCCUGUUGAUGACAGACAUCUUUUCCUCAUCUCCCUGGCCACUUGUGUUGGCCUCAUCCUCUCUGCAGCUCCUCACUAUGACCAGCAACACACCACAGCUGCAGUCACAGCUGCAGGAAGUGGUUUUGCAGACAGGUGAAUGUGCCAGUGAAUGUUUCUGUCUCCGAUGUCCACCAUUGACCAACAGCAAUAACACGGUGGCUACAGGACAGUACUUGAUAUCAUGGAGGAGGAAGCCCUCCAGUGCAGACAGUCCUCUCAUCCAGACCACAGUCACUCUACCUCAUGUCAUCCUGGAGUCUGUUCCUCUCUACAUCCAUGCUGAUUUACCAUCAUUUGGUCGAGUCAGAGAGUCUCUUCCAGUCCGUUACCACAUCGAGAACAGGACAGCUCUAGUGCAGGAGGUGGAGAUGGCUGUUGAACCCUCUGAUGCCUUCAUGUUCUCUGGACUCAAACAGGUGCGUCUCCGUAUCCUCCCUGGCUCAGAGCAGCAGAUCCUGUUUAACUACUACCCUCUGAUGGCUGGUUACCAAACACUGCCACAGCUCAACAUCUGCCUGCCCCGCUGCCCCACCUCCAACACACACACACUGAGGCGCUUCUUGCCUCAACGCAUCUUUGUCAAGCCUCAGGGUCGACAGCUGGACGACGCCUCCAUCGCUGCAGCUUGACAAGAACACAGACUAAAAAUGAAAACAAAGCAGCGCUGUGUAAGUUGUUCUUGAUGUACGGUUCCUCACAUAUGACAAUAUAACACUAUUUGUUUCACAUAGUUCUGGAAACCAUGUGUGGACCAUCAUCUGUUUCCAUUGUUUCUGUUCUGAGUGAAUUAUGUGAGCCUGACACACUGACGUUCAUGUGACAGUAAAAUCUUGUAUGAAUCUUGAAUGAACUGUGUGGACAUGUGGGUAGAGUGUAAUACAUUAAAACGGAAUGUGAUGAAGGCUGAAUUAAACUGAAGUGA